GACGACCCUGACAGUGAGUCGCUCUGCCCUCAGCGGCAUGAGGAGUCUUCAGGAAAUUCACAUCGAGAGUGCUUCGGUCAUGCCGCUUGCCUUCUACGACCUGAAGAAUGUGCAGACGGUGAGGAUCACCAGCAUGCCGCAGGAGACCGUCCGGGCUCAGAGCUUCAGCUUCGACUCGCCCGCGCUGAAGGAGGUGCUGCUCUUCAACGACGCCCACGGGUGGAAGGGACAGGCUCAGCCGGGCGCGUACCAAGGUUUCCCAAAGGGAUCUCGCCUGAGAAUCCGAGCAUCCGAGACGAUCGCCAAGGAAGUGUACAUCGGCGUGGUCAGCGGCGGAGGCACCUUGGAUAUACCUGAUCCAGUCGACUGCGACUGCCGCCUGGCCUGGCUGCGCUUGUCUCCGUGGGUGAAGCAGGCCCGCGUCCGCUGCCUUACAGCAAAGUGGCCAGAACAGCUGGAGGAAAUCCCUGAGUCCAGAUACAGCGACUGCAGCUAGAGCGACGUUGGGAUCGCCAUGGAGGAUGCACUUUAAUCCUUCUAUUUUCUAUUUUCGUUUGGUUUUCUUUUCUUUUGUAUCAGUUUUCAUUCUGUUUUUCUCUUGGCGUUUUCAAGAGAGGUAAAAUUCGAGAGACAGAUAAUGCUUAUAUUUUUUUUUUUUUUUUUUUUUUUUUUUUUUUUUUGCAAUUCUGUUGAAGCACUAAUGCACUCUAAUAUAUUUACCAACAUGUAAACUGA